AUGAAUCCAUUAAAGUGUGCCUUUGGUGUGAGUGCAGGAAAUUUUCUUGGUUUCUUGGUACAGAAAAAAGGGAUUGAAAUUGACAAAAAUAAGGCAAAGGCUAUCUUAGAGGCUCCUCCUCCAGCUAACAAAAAGCAACUGCAAGCAUUUUUAGGAAAGGUCAAUUACCUUAGAAGGUUCAUUUCCAAUCUGUCAGGAAAAACCAAGGUUUUUGCGCCUCUGAUAAAGUUGAAAAAAGAGGAAGAGUUCCAAUGGAAAAUAGAGCAUCAAGAAGCUUUUGACAACAUCAAGCAGUAUUUGACUAAUCCUCCUAUUAUGACACCUCCAAGGCAUGGAGCACCUCUAAAACUUUACGUGUCAGCUUCUGAAGUAAGAAUUGGUGGAAUGCUGGCUCAAGAAGAUGAGAAUGGUAACGAGAGAGUGAUUUAUUAUCUAAGUCAUGUUCUAAAUGAUGUUGAGAGCCGUUAUUCUCCAAUUGAGAAACUUUGUUUAGCUUUAUAUUUUUCCUGUUUAAAACUUAAGUACUAUCUAAUUCCUAGGAAUGUUUAUAUAAUUUCUAAGUUUGAUGUUCUUAAAUAUAUGUUGUCUUCUCCAAUAUUGCAUGGUAGACUAGGAAAAUGGAUGCUGGCCUUAACGAAAUUUUCUGUACAUUUUAUUCCUGCAAGAGCGGUUAAGGGUCAGGUUCUAGCCGAUUUUCUGGUUGAUCACCCUUGUAUUGACAUUGAUGAGAAUUUACUGAGUUUCAUUGGUUUGGUGCCUUGGAAAUUAUAUUUUGACGGUUCAUGCCAUAAGGGUGGUGUUGCUAUAGGAAUUUUAAUUAUUUCUCCAAGUGGUGAGCCAAGUAAAUUUCUCUUUGAAUUGAAUUAUUCAUGUUCCAACAAUGAGGCAGAGUAUGAAGCAUUAAUAAUGGGACUGGAAUUAUUAUUAGAAAGAGGAGUUAAAAAUGUGGAAAUUUUUGGAGAUUCACAGCUUGUAGUCCGUCAAGUAUCAUUUGAAUAUAGGUGUGUUAGUGAAAAUUUAAGAAAGUAUUUCAAUGUGGCUACAGAGUUGUUGAGUAAAUUUGAUAGUGUCAUUGUAAGGCAUGUUCCAAGGGAGUUAAAUCAAGAAGCAAAUGAAUUAGCUCAAAUUGCUUCAAGAUAUAAGAUCAAGCCCUCAACACUAGAAAAAUUGGUAAGGAUAAAGGACAUAUUUAUGCCUUUGAGAGAAAGAGAAGUGUUGUCAUUAGAAAAACUAGACCCAGAAGAUUGGAGAGUACCAAUUGUAGAAUAUUUAAAAAAUCCAAGUCUUAGUGUCGAUAGAAAACUUAAAUAUAGGGCUCAAAGUUAUGUUCUAAUAAGUAAUGUCUUGUUUAAGAAAUCUGUUGAUGGAAACCUCUUGACAUGUUUGGGAGAAAAAGAAGCAUACUUGGCUCUUGCUGAAGUGCAUGAGGGAAUUUGUGGUGCCCGUCAAUCAGGGGAAAAAAUGAAAUGGGUGAUAAAUAGGAGAAGAUUGUAUUGGCCAACUAUUCAAAGAGAUUGUAUAAACUAUGCCAGGUCCUGUGAAGAAUGCCAAAAACAUGGAAUCUUUCAACAUAUUCCAGCGUCAGAAUUACAUGUUAUAAUUAAGCCAUGGCCAUUUAGAGGUUGGGCUCUAGAUCUUAUCGAACAGAUUCACCCACCGUCUUCUAAAGGUCAUAAGUUCAUUUUGGUUGGUGUUGAUUAUUUUUCUAAAUGGGUAGAGGCUAUCCCUCUAAGGGAGGUGACUUACAAUGAAAUAAUAGAUUUUAUUGAGGAGCAUAUUGUGCAUAGAUUUGGAAUUCCUCAGUCUAUUACCACUGAUCAAGGAACCAUGUUUAUUGGGAAAAAGGUCAUGAGAAAUAUGCCAAAUCUAAGGAUAUAA